AUGAGUGACGCUGCUGCCGAGCCCUUGAUUUCCAACGACCGCGGUGUUCCGAACGAUGUACGCGACCGCUACGAUGAAGACGACAACGAGAGUAUAAGAGAGGAUGAGGUGGACGAGAGUGCAUUGUUAUCUCCAGGGCUAUUUAUAUGGUGUCUGACUAUAUGUGCUGGCGUUUCUGGGCUGUUGUUUGGAUACGACACCGGUGUGAUAUCCUCCACGCUCAUAUCCAUAAACACCGACCUUUCCUCUCGACCCCUUACCACCCUUGAUAAAAGCUUGAUUACCUCUUGCACCUCGUUCUUCGCGCUUCUCGCUUCGCCCCUAACGGGUAUCCUCGCUGAUACGUACGGUCGUAAAACUGUGAUUCUCGUCGCAGAUAUUCUCUUCAUACUCGGUGCGCUAUUGCAAGCAUGGACAAGCAGCGUAGGUGGCAUGAUUGUAGGUCGGUCUAUCGUCGGCGCGGCAGUCGGAAGCGCGUCGUUUGUUGUACCGUUAUAUAUCUCUGAGCUCAGUCCUAGCCCUUUCAGGGGACGACUAGUCGUCGUGAGCAGUUUGUUCAUCACGGGAGGUCAGGUCGUCGCUUAUAUCGUUGGGUGGCUGUUCUCGGAGAGAUUGCAUGGCUGGAGAUGGAUGGUUGGUCUGGGAGCUUUGCCAGCUGCAAUACAAUUUGUCAUGCUGUUUCUCUUGCCUGAAACACCGCGAUAUCUUGUCAAGGCCGGACGGACCCAACAAGCGAGGAAAGUACUAGGCCGAGUGUACAAAACCGACGAAAGUGGGACGAAGUUGGUGAAUGCCGUACUGAGGCGUGUGGAGAAGGAGAUUGAAGAGGAAGAGGAUGCUGCUGGAUUGCGAGGUACUCCUGAUAUGGCUAAAAGCGGCUGGAGAGCCAAGAUGGAGAGGGUGCAAGACAACUUCUCUCAACUGGUCGUAAUUGGAGGGAAUCGUAGAGCGCUGAUUAUUGCAUGCAUGUUGCAGGGCUUUCAGCAACUAUGCGGCUUCAACUCCCUGAUGUACUUCUCCGCCACAAUCUUCCGCCUCGUCGGUUUCGAAUCCCCAACGCUUACCUCGCUCUCCAUCGCCAUAACAAACUUCCUCUUCACCCUCGUAGCCUUCCACUACAUCGACCGCAUCGGACGUCGCCGUAUCCUCCUCUGGUCCAUACCCAUCAUGGUCCUUGGCCUCGCACUCUGCGCCAUCGCAUUCCUCUUUAUAGAUCUUCCCAGCGAGGAAGCUUCUGCCACCGCCACUGCCGUCACCCAUGAUAACAAAAUAUGGCCGCUCAUCAUUCUCUUCUCAAUGAUAACCUACGUCGCCGGCUACGCUAUAGGCAUGGGAAACGUCCCUUGGCAGCAAUCCGAACUCUUCCCUCUUUCCGUUCGUUCUUUGGGUUCUGCCAUGUCUACGGCUACGAACUGGGGGUCUAACACUUUUAUCGGGGUUACCUUUCUGCCCAUGAUGAACGUUUUCAGCCCAGUGGGUACUUUUGCAUUGUAUGCGGGGGUUUGUGUGGUUGCUGAGAUUGUGAUCUGGAGGAUUUAUCCUGAGACGGCGGGGUUGGGAUUGGAGGAUGUUGGGGGUUUGUUGAAGGACGGGUUUGGGGUUAGGGAUAGUGUUAGGAGGUUUGAGGAGAGGAAGAGGCAGCGGUGA